UCUGCCAUUCCUGAAGUAUACCAGCUGGUGGCACCUGGACUUGGUCUGUCACAACCUCGUUUCUGCAUCCGAGCAGCUACACAGAUAUCAUCAUCAUCAUUAUGAGCAAAGACAAGACAAGGAAACAAACCCUAACUGAACUUUCUAUCUUCUAACUGGUUGGAGAAGCUCCCUGCAGAGUGAGCUGAAGUUUCCAUCUGCAGUUCAUUGAAGUUAUUGCACUGGAUAGGACUGUAUCCAGCUGUUAUUACUUCUUAUUGAAAGCCUAGUUCCAGCAGAAGACGUCGUCAGCAUGAACACUCUGAACCAGCAGUAUGAGGAGAAGGUGCGUCCCUGCAUCGACCUCAUCGACUCCCUCCGCUCUCUGGGUGUAGAGAGGGACUUGGCGCUGCCUGCUAUCGCCGUGAUUGGAGACCAAAGCUCGGGGAAGAGCUCCGUGUUGGAGGCGCUGUCAGGGGUGGCUCUGCCCAGAGGGAGUGGCAUCGUGACAAGAUGUCCUCUCGAACUGAAGAUGAAGAGAAGGCGAGGAGGAGAGGAGUGGUACGGGAAGAUAAGCUACAAGGACUAUGAGGAAGAGCUGGAAGAGCCUGCAGAUGUGGAGAAGAAGAUCAGAGAAGCUCAGAAAACACUAGCCGGGGACGGGGUGGGGAUCAGUGAUGACCUCAUCAGUCUGGAGAUCGCCUCUCCUGAUGUUCCAGACCUGACGCUCAUUGACCUGCCCGGCAUCACCAGGGUGGCUGUAAAGGAUCAACCUGAGAACAUUGGAGAGCAGAUAAAGAGACUGAUCCACAAGUUCAUCACAAAACAAGAAACCAUCAGCUUGGUGGUUGUUCCAUGCAACGUGGACAUAGCAACCACAGAGGCUCUGAAGAUGGCCCAGGAGGAGGAUCCUGAAGGAGAGAGGACUUUGGGUAUCUUGACCAAGCCUGACCUGGUGGACAAAGGCACAGAAGACACGGUGGUUGAAAUUGUCCGUAAUGAGGUCAUCCACCUGAAGAAGGGCUACAUGAUCGUCAGGUGCAGGGGUCAGAAGGAGAUCACAGACAAUGUGUCUCUGACUGAAGCAAUAGAAAGAGAGAAAGACUUCUUCAAUGGCCAUGUGCAUUUCCACACUCUCUACGAUGAAGGCCAUGCCACUGUUCCUAAACUGGCUGAGAAACUCACACUUGAGCUGGUGCAUCACAUCGAGAAAUCUCUGCCUCGGCUGGAAGAGCAGAUAGAAGAGAAACUAGCACAGACCCAAGCAGAGCUGGAGAGAUAUGGCACUGGACCCCCGUCUGACGCCGCUGAGAGACUCUUCUUCCUCAUUGAUGUGAGCUCCCUCACUCUACAUAACAUUCACCUGACUACAAAGACAAACGCUCACCACCACAAAGUGACAGCCUUCACUCAGGAUGCCAUCAGUCUGACUGCGGGAGAGGAGCUCAAGUGUGGAGACAAGCUCAAUGUGUUUUCUACGCUCAGGAGAGAGUUUGGGAAGUGGAACGCCCACCUGGAUUAUUCAGGAGGAAACUUUAACAAGAAGAUUGAGAGAGAGGUGGAGGGAUAUGAAGAGAAGUACCGUGGAAGAGAACUGCCAGGCUUCAUCAACUACAAGACCUUUGAGGUCAUGGUCAAGGAGCAGAUCAAACAGCUGGAAGAACCAGCUGUCAAGAAACUCAAGGAUAUAGCAGAUGCUGUAAGGAAGGUGUUCAUACAGCUGGCACAAAGUAGCUUCAUUGGAUUUCCUAACCUCAUUAAAACAGCCAAGGCAAAGAUCGAAAAUAUCAAGCAGGACAAGGAGUCCACCGCCGAAUUCAUGCUGAGAACCCAGUUCAAGAUGGAGCUGAUUGUCUACUCUCAGGACAGAACCUAUAGCAGCAGUCUGAGUGACAGGAAGAAAGAGGAUGAUGAGGAGGAAGACAAACAGAAAGGCACAAAACAUUACAAAGAAAAGAGUGUUGUGUACCACAUGGAUAAUCAUGCAACACUUCAGGAGCUGAUGUUGCACCUUAAAUCAUAUUACAAAAUUGCCAGCCAGCGUCUCGCUGACCAGAUCCCGCUGGUGAUCCGCUACCAGAUGUUGCAGGAGUCUGCAGUCCAGCUGCAGAGGGAGAUGCUGCAGAUGCUUCAGGACAAGGAAAAUAUGGAGUUCCUGCUGAAAGAGGACUGUGACAUUGGCAGCAAGAGGGCCGGUUUGCAGAGUCGCCUUAAGCGCCUCAUGAGGGCCCGCAAAUACCUGGUGGAGUUCUAGAGGAGGUCAAGGCCUAACAGGAUGAGUCUACUGUACUUCUUUCAUUUGUCAAAUACAAUGUGGUUGAAGGAUUGCUAUACUAUUAUUUUUUUUACAUUGUACUGUAAUAUGUAUGUACUCUUCUUGUCACUCCAAAAGAAAAGAAAUGAAAAGAAAAUGCCUGUUAUUUCAUACGGCAAAAAAUAGAUCAUAGUAGCACACUGUAUAAAUCACGUGCCAUGUUUCCGAGAUAUCCCAAGUUUAAUUCCUGCCAAAGAAUUUUAUGACAUAUAAUCCCCAGAUUAGAUUAUUAACGUGCCAAUACUUUGAUGCCUUGUCUAUUUAAUCGCUGGACCACUUUAAUCAAACGGGAAAUGAAUGACUUUUUGAACUGCAUCUUUUUCAUAUUUGUUUAAAUAUACUUGUUUGAAUAAAUAAAAAAACUUUGUCUAA